AUGACCGUCACGUGGAUCUACUUCGACCUCCCUAUCACAACCCUCUACACCAUCCGGCUCGCGUUGCGGCUCCAUGCAUCCUCAGACGCCCCGAUUGGAGGGGUCUCUACCCUCCUCCGCCUCGUCCACAACCCCAAAACUCCCCUCAUCGCCCUCACCGCCCCCUUCAAACCCAUCACCCUCAAUAAAACCGUGUCUGGUAGCAUCGCAACCCCUCUCACGGCCCAAGAACCGUUCGGAGAACGCCAGACACGUACCAGCGCGGAGUCGCCACCGAUCACCCCGUACCUGCGUCGGGAGAAGGAAGCAUGCUGUGCAUGGCCCGAGGAAAAACAAAAGCCCACGCUUGCCUCCACAUUCUCGGCUAUCUCUCUUUCAGCCCUACCACUCAGAGCCGCAUCCCCACGCAGACCAGGUAAGCGGAAGUUGGUCAUCCCUCUUGGCUUGGGCCGGGCACCCCCCGGGCACACCGGUGCGACGGACGCGCAGGAGCUGCUGUGA